AUGUCAAAGUUGCUAGCUACAAGUGUUUUGUUUGUUGCACUCGCUAACGGUAGUUUAUUAUCGGGGCUGCAAAAUGUACAAGGCGAUCAUGUGGCUUCUUCUCAGCGACGUCCUUUUCAAGUUGACCUCGCAUUCUACCAUGAGAAAAACAACAGUUAUCAGCACUGGUGCAGCGGAAGCAUCAUCUCAAACGAAUGGGUAGUCACUGCUGGCUCCUGUUUCGAUACAAGACUGAGGCCGAAGCCAAAUGCAUCUUUGGUUAUUCGUGCUGGCCGUGCACUUGAAGCUGGGACUGUUCAUUCACAUCAGGCAAUCGACAAGCUGGAGUAUUAUGAUUGGUAUUUCAUAAAUGAACAGGGAAAUAUAAGUGUCAAUGACAUUAUUCUCCUACGCGUGGCAAAACCUUUUGAGUUUCAUGAAAAUCUUCAGCCCAUACAACUAUAUAACCAAGAUGAAGAGAGUCUUCCAGGGUCAAGCGCCAUAUUAAGCGGCUGGGUCUCGGCCGGAAAUGUUCAAAGUCCUAAAAAUUUGGACCUCUCGAUUAUUUCAAAAUACCAAUGUAACAUUUGGUUACACGGGCAACUUUCGUACACGGGUCAAAUAUGUGCUGUGUACGAUGGAAGUGGACCUUGUCCGAUCCAAGCUGAUCUAGGUAGUCCACUCACCAUCAAUGGGCGUCUUGCUGGUAUCUUAUCUUGGGGAUCGAAUCCUUGUGCUCCUCGAGAAGAAGCUUCAAUUUACGCUGACGUUGCUUAUUACCGAGAUUGGAUUAGGAAUAAUACCAGUGUUUGA